AUGUCAACUUCUUCUAUAACAAAUAAUUCUAUAAAAUCAUUAAAAAAAAAGGAUAGAAAAAAAUUUGUUGAAAAUUCCGAUGAAGACUCUAAAUUUAAUCUAAAUGAAAAUACUGAAAGCAGAAUAUAUAAAAAAAAAAAUUUAAGUGAGUAUUAUUCAUUAAAAACAAAAAAUACAGUACUAAAGCAGUCACUGGAAAAUAAAAAUAACUCAAGUAAAAAUUGCUUGUUGAAAAGAGAGUUAAAUAAAAUAUGUAACUCCAAGAAAAAUAAAGGAAAGCUAAGCAUUAAAUUCAGUAAAUCGUCUGUUUUAUUAAUAAAACCGAAAAAAUCAAAGAUAACUAAAUUAAAUUACUUAUUAAAAAAAAAUAAGAAACAGAAGAAAAAUAGUAAUAAUAAUGCUAAUAGUGAAAAUAAAAUUCAUCAAAAAAAUGAAUGCAAACAGAACAAUAAAAUAUAUAAUUCUUUUGAAACAUAUAAUGUUGAUAAAUUUAAAAAAAAUAAAAAUAUAAAUCUUUUAAUGAAGAGCAAACAUAUAAAAGAAUCAAAAAAUGUAAAUAAUUUAAAAGCAAUUAAAAGAAAUAAAGAUUCUAAUAAAUUAAAAAAUGCUGAUGGUAACUUAAAUAAUUGUAAUACAUAUUAUAGUGAUACAUCUGAUAAAUCAUUUGAUAAAAAUAAUAAAAAUGAUGAUAUAAAAUCCAAUUGCUUAAAUCAUAGUAAUAUAAUUGAAUAUAAUAUAAUUAACAAUGAAUUACAUUAUUUUAGUGAGAAUAAUGAAAAUAAAAGUUCUAGGAAUAUUAAUUAUGAUAAAAUUUCUAUUUUAAAUAAUGAAAAUCCUUCCAUAUCAAAUGAGAAUAUUAUUUAUAACAAAAAUUUUAAAAAUAACAUAAAUUAUAAAAUAAAUUGUGGAAAUAAUUAUGAUUUUCCAGAAAAUAGUAGCGCAUCCAUAUGUAAUAAUAAAAUUAUUUUAAAUAAUAAUUGUUAUAUGAAAGAAAAAUGUAAUAUGAUUAAUUGCAACUCUAAUAAUUCUAACGAAGAAUUAUAUUCUGGUUGUCUUUCAACAAAUAAUAAUAAUGAUAAUUGUUAUAACGAUGAUGAUAAUAUAAAUAAUUAUAAUACUAGUAGUAAAAAUGCAUUUUAUGAAAAUAACUAUGACACAAAUGAUUUGAAUAAAAAUAAUCAUGAUGAUAAUUCCUAUUUGCCUAAUCAAAUGAAUAAAGAUUGCCUCUUAAAGAAAAGUAACCUAUCUUCUGAUGUUUCGAAUAAUUACAUAACUUAUAAAAAAUACAUUCUCAAAAAUAACUCAAAUAAUAGUAAAAUGGAGAAAAAUAUAAAUAGCACAAAUGAUAUCAAUGUUACAGAAUAUAACAAUAAAGUAAAUGUCGCAUAUGAUUUAAAGAAUUCAAAUAUGAAAAACAGGGAAAAUCAUAUUUUCAUUAAAAUUUUAGGAGAAGAUAAUACACAUAGAUUAAGCAUAAAUGAUAAGGAAAGCUUUCGUGAUAACUAUGAAGGAGACAUAAAAAAAAUAGAAUAUGAGUCAGAAUAUAACGUUAUAGAAGGAAAUAUAUUGGGUGAUAUAACAAAAGAUGAAAACAAAAAAAAUUUAAAAAUAUUUGAUAGUUCAUAUGAAUCUCUUUCUCAUUUAUCAGAAUCCUUUAAUUUAAAACACUUACCAGAAAUACCCGAUGAUGCGAAUUUAAUAAGUAGUAAUGAUAAUUUAUUUAGUUUAAAUGAUAAAAGUCUUUAUUCUAAUUCUAAUUUUAGUUCUAGUUCUAAAUUAAAUUUGAAUAUUAUUAAAAUAGAAGACAAUAUAUCUACAGGGAAUUAUAAUAAAAACAUAGGAAAAUCAAGUUUAAAUGAUGAGGAAAAAUCACACGAUGAUGAUUUUUCUGUUAAUAUAUUACCUAGUUAUAGUGAUACAGUAAUUAAUAUGAAUAAUAAAAUUAAAAUAAAAAAUGAAAAUAAUGAAAAUUUUACUUUAGGUAAAAAAAAAAAAAAAAAAAAAAAUUGUAGUAAAUUGAUUUCAUCUAAUAAUAAUAAAAAAAAUCAAUUAUCAAAUGAAAGAUCUAAUAAAAACAGAAAUCCUAAAGUUUUGAAUAACUACAGUAAAUUAUGUCAAAAAGGAAAUAAAGGGAAUCCUAUACAAAAUAGAAAAAAUACUACGGAAAAGAAAAUAUUAAGCUCUUCAACAAUUUUAAAAAAAAAAAAGGAAAAAAGAAAUUUAAAUAAAUUAUCAAAUUCAGAUAAUUAUUUCAAGACAGAUUUAAAUAUGAAAAAUAAAAUGAGUAUUUCUCAUAAUAUGUUAUAUGAUAGUACUAAUAAUUGCGAUUUUUUUAAUUUUAGUAACAAUAGUACAGAUGUAAAUAAAAGUAUAAAAAAAGAAGAUAUAGAUAAAAAAUAUGAUUCAAUGCAAAAAAUAUUUUUUAGCUACUCUUUAAAUAGUGAAAAAAGUGAUAAUGUAUCUAUUAUUCAUGUUGAUAGUUUAGAAGAUAUAAGAACAUCGGAUAAAAAUCAUAAAUCAUCAAAUAAUUUGAAUGAGGUAAAUAUUACAAAUGAUGAAGAUAGUAAAAAAAUAAAAGAAGCCAAUAAUUUAUUAUGUGAUAUGAAUGAUGAAAAUAAAGAACAAGAAAAGUAUUUGCAUAAUGAAAAUAAUGAUCAAAUAGAUAAAAUAAUUAAAUCUAAUGAAGAGAAUUAUUAUAAUGAAGAUAGAAUUUAUGAUGAUAUAUAUGUAAGAGAUGAUACAUAUGUAAUAGAUAAUCCAUAUGUAAGAGAAAAUAUAUACAUAAGAGAUGAUACAUAUGUAAGAGAAGAUACAAAUGAUAUAAGCAAUACUAUAAAUGAUAAAACAAAAUGUAAUGAGGAAAUAAAAACAGUUAGUGAGAAUGAUAAUGAUAGUCUCGUAAGGAUAACAAAUAAUUAUACAUCUAAUAUUUAUUAUUGCGAUGAAAAUAAUGAAAAAAAUUAUAAUGAAAAUAAUAAUUGUACAAGUAUAAUAAAAAAAGACGUGUAUAUAAAUGAUAAUAUUGAUAAGUAUAAUAGUAAUCAUUUAAAUGUUUCUUACAAUUUUAAUGAAUAUAAAAAAAAUGAUACAAAUUUAAAAAAUGAUUUAUUUUCUACUAAUUUAAAUGAUUCAAAUGAAAAUUUUAAAGAAUUAAGAGAAAAAAAUAAUGAUCAUAUGAAUAAUGAUGAUAACUUUAAGAUUGAUUUCGUAUAUUCUUCAUCCUCAGCAAGUGAUUCUAUUUCUGAAAAUGAGGAAGAAAGAAUGUUUAUAAAAAGGAAAACAUCAUUAAAAAAUAAAAAUGAAGAAAUUUCUAAGAAUACUAAUGAUGAUUUUUAUAUUAACUAUUACACUAUUAGAAAGAAUAAUUUAGUAAAUAAGAAAAUAAACAUUUGUUUUUCUGAUAAUGAUAUAAAACGAAAUUUCGAUAAAUCAAAAAAUAUUAAAAGUGAUAACAUAAAGGUUAUCAAAGAAGAUAAAGAAAAAAUGAAAAAAAACUCAAAUUCUAAUAAUGAAAAAAGCAAACCAAAAAAAGACUUUUUGAAAGAUAUGAAAAAUAAAAAUAAUCUUCAAAAAAACAAAGAAGAAAAGCAAAAAGAAAUCAGUAGCAAUAAAAAUCAUUAUGUUGUAAAUUCUAGACAUGUAAAAUAUUAUCCAUUAGAAAAAUUAAACUCAAUGAAGGUUUUUUUAAAUGAAAUUAAUAUUAAGAAAAAUGAAAUGAAGAGUAAUGAAAAUUUUUAUUAUAAUGAAAAUAAAUCAGAUGAAAAUGAAUUUAAUAAAAGGGAGUUAAGUGAAAAUGAAUUGAAUGAAAGCAGUAAUAAGAAAAAUAAACCUGAGUGUAACAAAAAUGCGUAUAAAGAAUAUGAAAAUGCUGGGGAUUUUAAUAUUAAUGAAGAAAAAAAUGUAAAGAAUAUUAUAUAUGAUGAAUCUUUAAAUGAAAAUAAAUUUUUAAAUGAUACAAUCAAAUAUAAAAGAACAAAUAGUUUUCACAAUGCAUCAGUUAGUGAUAGAAUACAUAUAGAAAAAUUAAAUAGUUCAAUGAACAAUAUGUAUGAUUUAAAGGAUGAAGAUUUUAUUAUACAAAAAAAAAAUAAUAAUAAUACUUUAAAUGAAGAUAUAAUUAAGUAUAUGAAAUUAGAAUCGGUUGGAAAUGCAUAUUUAAAUGAUAAUACGAAUACAUACAAAAGAAAUCAUUUAAUUUUUGAAUGUGAAAAUAAAAAUGAAAUAAAUAAAAACUUCAUAACUGGUAUUAAUAAAAUUAAUGAAGAUGUAAAGUUUAUGUAUGUGAAAGAUGAUAAUAUGAAUUUAAAAUAUAAUUCAAAUAGAAACUUCAUAUAUUGCCUAGAAUCAAAUAAUAAAAACUCUAGUAUAUUAAAUCGAGAAGAUGAUGAUUCUUUAAUUAAAUACAAAGAAGGUUUAACUGCUGAUAGAAAAAAUCAUAUAAAUAAAAUAGAACAGUUGCUGCAAAACUUUAUAGUUAAGACAAAACAAUUUGAAGAAAAAGAAAAGAAUAUAAAUACAAAAAGUAAUGAUAAUCAUGAGUCAUAUAUAUUAAUAAAAGAAGAAGAUGACCAAGAUCGCUUACAAAAAAGUGAAAAUAACAAUAAUAUUUUAAUUAAUGAAAUAAUUAAUCAAGAAGAUAACAUUUUAAAUAAUGAAAUAAAUAAUUAUGAAAAAGAUGAGAAUAUUUUAAGUAAUGAAAUAAUUAAUUAUGAAAAUGAAAAUAUUUUAAGUAAUGAAAUAUUAAGUUGUAAAUCAUUCAAUGAAAUUAACAACAAUAAUGAAGAAAUAAACUGUUCAUACAGGGUAAUAGAGGAAACAAAAAUUACAAACCUUUUGAAUUAUAUCAAAAAUUUUAAAUAUAACGAAGAUAUAAAAAGUAAGAAAUCGAAAUUACUAUUUUCUGAAGAAGAAAAAUUGGAGCAUAUUAAUACCUUAAAUUGUUUAUAUAAUAAUGUUAAUCUUUUAAAGAAUGAAAAUGAUAACCUAAAAGUUACAAAUAAUAUUUUUAGAAGUGAAAAUGAUAAUUUAGGAAAUAAAUAUGAUGCUUUAAAAAAUGAGGUUGAUAACUUAAAGAAUGAAAAUUAUAUUUUAAGAAAUAAAAUUGGUAAUUUCAGUAAUGAAAAUUGUGAUUUAAAAAAUAAAAAUGAUAACUUAAAAAGUGAAAAUUGUGAUUUAAAAAAUGAAAAUGAUAACUUAAAAAGUGAAAAUUGUGAUUUAAAAAAUGAAAAUGAUAACUUAAAAAGUGAAAAUGACAACUUAGAAAAUGAAAAUUGUGAUUUGAAAAAUAAAAAUGAUAACUUAAAAAGUGAAAAUUGUGAUUUAAAAAAUAAAAAUGAUAACUUAAAAAGUGAAAAUUGUGAUUUAAAAAAUAAAAAUGAUAACUUAAAAAGUGAAAAUGAUAACUUAGAAAAUGAAAAUUGUGAUUUAAAAAAUAAAAAUGAUAACUUAAAAAGUGAAAAUGAUAACUUCGAAAAAGAAAAUUGUUAUUUAAAAAAUAAAAAUGAUAACUUAAAAAAUGAAAAUGAUAACUUAAAAAGUGAAAAUGAUAACUUAAAAAAUGAAAAUGAUAUCUUAAAAAGUGAAAAUGAUAUCUUAAAAAGUGAAAAUGAUAACUUAAAAAGUGAAAAUGAUAACUUAAAAAGUGAAAUGGUAAAUCUUAACUUAAGUACUAUAUGCAAAGAUAAAAAAUUUAAUUUAGAUAAAGAAAAUUAUAAAAUGGAAAUUGAUAUGCUAAAAUGUGAAAUUGAAAAUAUUAAUAAUGAAAAAAUAAAGUUAUUAGAAUCAAGUGAAAUAGCAGAAAAUGAAUUUAAUGAAUCAAAAAAGAAAUUAAAAAAUUUUAAAUAUAAUAAUGAAAAAUAUAUGAAAGAAAUAGAAACAUUAAAAGAGGAAAGACAUAUAAUAAAACAAGAAAAUGAAAACUUAAAAAAAAAUAUCGAAGAAAUUGAAAGGGAAUAUAAAUUAUUAUUAAAUGAUAAAGAAAAUUUAAAAACAGAAAAAAUGAGCAAUAUACUAAAAAUCAACUAUUUAGAAGAACAAAUAAAGAAGCAAAAAAUUGACUUAAAAGAUUUAGAAAAAGAAUUAAAAAAUAAAGAUAAGCAAUUACUAAUAAAGGAAGAAGAAAUAAUAAAUCAGAAAUAUUUAAUAGACGAAGUAGAUAAAGAGAAAAAAAUGCUUGAGAGUAAAUUAAAUAUGUAUGAAAUUCAAAAUGAGAAAAUAAUAUCAAAAUAUAAAGAGGAAAAAAAAAUAGAAUUGGAAGAUAUGAAAAAUAUUAUUGAAUGUAGAGAAAAAGAACCUAACGAUAUGAAGAAAAAUGAAGUUCUUCUAAAAAAGGAAAUAAAAAUUUAUGAGGAAAAUAUGAGUAUAAAUGAAAAUAAAAUAAAAUAUAUUCUAGAAGAAUCAAAAAAUUAUAAAAAUGAAAUAGAAAAACUCAGAGAACAAGUGAAACAAUUGAAAGAAGAAAAUCAUUUAAUUAUGCAUAAUAUAGAGCCAUUAAAAAAUGAAAAUAAUCAAUUGAAAAAUGAAAAUUUUAGUUUUGAAAAGAGUUACAUAGUUCUAAGAGAUGAAAGAGAACAAAAAGGAAUUUUUAAUAUACAAGAAAAAGUAAAAAAUAAGGAGAAUAAUUUGAUCAAUAAUUCUAGCAUAACUAAUAGUAGUGAUGGUGAUGAAAAAAAAGAUGAUGUAGAAUUAAAAAUUAAUAAAGAGAUAUUAAAUAAUUUAUUUAAAGAAAAUAAAAAUAUAAAUUCACUGAAUAAUAGUUGUUUGAAAUUUUUUGAAAAUAAAAAGGAUUUAUUAAUAAAGGAUGGAAAACACAACAAAAGCAAACUAUUAUAUAAAAAUUAUGAUAAAGUAUGUAGUGAAAUAAAUAACUUAGAUAUGUCAAAGUUACAAGUAAAAUAUAAAGAUUUGUUAAAAGAAUAUAUAUUUUUAGAAUUAUUAAUUAGUGAAUAUGAAAAAAGUAAUGUAUACUUACAUAAAAAGAAUAAAGAAUUAAACAAAAAAUUAGAUGAAUUAGAAUAUUCAUUAGACAAAAAAUUUGAUGAUAAAGGGGAAAAAUUAUCUAAUAAAAGAAUGUCCAGUGAAGAAUAUCAUAUUUUCAAGGAGGAAUUAGAUAAAUCACUUAACAUAUAUGAAAGUAAUAAGAACAUAAAAGUAUUAGAAAAUGAAGUAAAAAAUUAUAAGAAUAUGUGUAUAGAAUUAGAUAAAUCAAAUAAAAAAUUAUUUGAUAAAUUAGAGAAAAUAAAUAAACUUCUUUUAGGAGAAAAAGAUUCUAUAUAUGAGAAAAUUUUGAAGAAGGCAUUAGAAAUAAUGAAACAUGUUGAUAUAAUAAAUGAAGAAAUAUCUACUUUUAAAGAAAACAAAAAUUUUAAUGAUAUUGAUUAUUCUAAUAUCCUGUUAUAUUUAAAUACCAUCUCAAUUGACAUUUUAUUUAUCAAUACUAAUAUAUGUUAUAUUAAUGAAUUUAUAAAUGAAAAUCAUAUAUAUUUAGACAUUCAUAAUUUUAAAAAUUUACUCUUUGAUUUCUCAGUAUAUAUUAUGCGUGAAUCAAAUUCUUAUAAUGAAGAUACUGCAAACGACUAUGUUACAAAUAAAAAAGAAAAUAUUAUUGAAAAAUUAAAUGAAAAUAAAAUAGAAGAAAGAUCUCCAUUUAUAGAUAAUAAUAGAAACAAUAAUUCGAAAAAAAUAGAAUUCAGGUUAAGUAAUAUUAAUUCAAUGAAUUUAAAUCAUAACGAAAAUAAUAUGAUAAAAAAAGAAGAAAAUCAUUUUAAUUUUGUAGAAGAUUUUACAACUUUUUUUGAAAUAUGUUUUUCUAGUGAUUUAUUCUUAAUUUUGAUUCAUUUAUGUAAAGGAAUUAAUGAAAUAAAUAGUUACAUAAGAAAAGGUGAAAUAGAAAACUGUAUAAAUAUUAUUAAUUUUUUGCAAAAUACUACUAAUGAAAUAUUAAAUUUUUAUAGCUAUGAUGGUAACACUUUUUUUCUUGAUUCUUAUAUUGACUUAUUUGACAUUUUAAAAAAUUAUUUAAAUAAAAUACAAAAUAUAAUAAAAGACGAAAAAAUUAAUAAAAUGCAUAAAAUUAUUUAUGAAAUAUAUAGAAUCAAAAAAAUUAUACGAUUUAUCAUAUUUUCUUUUUUUAAUUUUCACAUAAAUGCUAUUUUUAAUAUAAGCAAAAACGAUGCGCAUUUUAUUUCUUAUUUGAAUUCAAAUUGUAAUACUAAGAAUAACAAGGGAGACGACAAUAAUAACAUUUUAAAUGAAUUAAAUAAUAAAAAAAAUAAUAAUCAAAUAGAAGAAAAUAAAUUUAUAAUAGAAUCAGUUAAUAAUUGUAACAGUUUAAUAAGUUUAAAUAAUUUAAGUGACAAUAUUAAUAAUCAACCAUAUUGUGAUAUGAAUAAUUAUUUGAGCAAUUACUUUAAUAGUUUAAAUGAUAGUAAAGAUUUUUUUUAUAAUAAAAAAAGUUCUUGUAAUUGGAUGAAAUUAGAAUUUUCUUCUUUUUAUUCUGACAAGGAAAAUAAAGAUCUAAAUAAAAUUGUGAAUGAUAUAUUAGAAUUUAAUUAUAACUCACAUAUUAUUCCUAAUUUAAUUUCAAAUUAUGCUGAUGAAAUGGUUAUACAAAUAAAGGAAAAUGGAAAGAAAGAUACCUUAACAGAGAAUGAAAAUUAUGCAAGUUUCUUAUUUAAAAAAAUUUAUGAACAUAUGAAAUUGAAUAAUUUAAUUAUUAAUAGCAAUAAUUUUCUUGAAUAUUUUGAAGAUGAGUUAUUGAAAAAAAAAUUAUAUAAUAAUUUCUUUUUUAAAAAGAAUCAUUUUAUUAACAUUGAUAUAAUUCAUAAAUAUUUAAAUAUUAUUUUUAAAUUAAAUAUUGGAAUAGAUUAUGAAUAUUUUUAUCAGCAAUUUUUAAUUAUUCUAAAUAAAAUCAUAUUGCAACCUUCAUCUAAUAAUAUAUAUAACAGUUAUAAUAAUACAAUCUUGAAUAAUUCAAAAACAGUGAAUAAUAGUCAUAAUAAAAGUGCUUUAUUAUCUAUUAACUUAAUAAAUAAAACUAAUAAUAAAAAUAAUAUAUAUGAUGAUUUGAGUUAUCCUUUGUUAGACAUAGAUAAUAAAUUUAUGAGUAUAUUAUUUCACAUGUGGCAAAAAAUUGAAAUAAAUUAUUUUUCUAAAUUGAAUAGCAAUAAUAUUCAUGAUUCAAAGCUAAAUAAUAAUUUGGGAAAUUCUUAUAAUUUAAGAAAUAUUGAAACAAAUAAAUUAAAAAUAAGUGAUAGAACUUAUAAAAGUGAAAUUUUAUCAAAAAAGGAAAACUUCAAUAUACAUAAAAAAAAUUCUCAUCAUUUUGGAAAUAAUAAUAAAGAAAACACUUAUGUAAAUUCUUUUAUAAGUAAGUCUAACACCAUUAAAGAGAUUAAUAAAAGUGAUAACUUAAUGGAGACAUACUUAAAAUUGAUGGUAUUUGAUAUAUUUAAAUGUAAGAACGAGGAGAAAAUAAUUGGAAUAGAUGAUUUUAUUUUUAUGUUUAAGCAAUUACAUAUUAACAUUAAAACAAGUGUAAUAUAUGCAAUUUGGUGUAUUAUAAUUGGUAGCAAAAAUGUCAAUUUAGCAUUAAAAGAAAGAAUCCCCGUUUCUUUAUUUAUUAAAAAAGCGUAUGCAACUAAUCCAUCAUUAAUUUUUUAUGAAUAUUGUAAAACAAAAAUACAACUUAAAGAAGCGAAGAAAAAUAUUAAAUUACUACAAAAAUAUAAUAAAAAAAUACUUUUAUUAGUUAAAAAUUAG